ACCAGUUUAGCACAGGUGGAGCUCGUUCUGAUAAUUAAUUUAAUUAGCACGGUAAUUCAAAUACAGCCAAUUGACCUACGUCCUAUGACAGCUUUCGCCCGGUCCCUACAAUAUCCAAAAUCCAACUUUUCCCUUCUGAUGACAAGUUGUGUUCUCCAUCACAACCCACUUGCCCCAAAGCUACUCAUUUCCCACCAGGUCCAGCCAAUGAGACCCAAGCUUCAGCACAUGGGCGUCGGCUUACGCGUUCGGAUGCUCACACGCCAAGACGCCGAUGACUUUGCUCGCCUCUGCCAGAAAGACAUCCAUCUCACUCCCCAGCAUCCUCUUUUGUCUCGGCCAGACCAACCAUUAAUUUUGGGGCUGAGACAAUCGCUGAUUAAUACAGACGUACAGUUUUCCCAGAUAAAGAACAAAGCGCAGCUUUAUGCUUUGUACGUCUCUUUUCAGCCAGCUAACCCCUCCAAAACGGUCAUUAGAGCCUGCAGAUCCAAAAAUUUGCACCUCUCAACACCUCCAUCUUCUUCCAGCUCAAGAUCCGGCCCUCCUCAAAGUUCUGGAUGCAGGGAUAGGCCAUCAGCGAGCCUGGGCCGUGUUCCACCGCUGCAAAACCUCUUUCUCCUCCCUCCUCUGUUCAACCCUCCACCUCCAACCUUUUCCUCCAGCUCUCUCUAUACCUUUCCGUGGCCUGCAGCUCCCGUAACAGAAGCUGCCAUGAGGCUGCCACCAUCAGUAGCACAAGCCUUUGCUCCUCCUCCAUUCCCUUCUUCCACCUCUCUCUGUGUUCCACCCCAACCACCAGGAGCCGAUCCAUGCAUCAGACUGCCUCCGCAAACAAUCGCUGCCCCGGUUUCUCUCCCUCCCAAUUCUGUUCUUCAAUCCAAAUCUCCUUCUGUUCAGAAGUUUACACCCCUGGCUCUUAAUGCAUCGUUUUUCCAUCAGUGA